AUGACGCCCGGCUUGGUCGAACCCCAGUCCACGACUCCUCUCUUCCCUCCAACCGCCCCCUUAGGCCACACUUGCUACCCUCUUGCCCCAUUCUCGCCAAGCUUUGGUGCUCCGGCCAGGCGAGAGAUUCGGAGUCUUCGAGUCGCUAACAUCUGGCGCUUGGUCAGCCUCUGCCCACAUGACUGUAGAACAGGGAAACUGGGCGUUGGUCAGACAAAAGUGCCUAAGUGA